CGCAGCGCAGCUCGGCAGCCGCCAAGCCGAGGCGGGCACCGUCUCCCGGUUGUCAGCGCCGGCUCCGAGCUCGCGCUCCCCGCCCAGGCUCCGCCAGGUCUCGCUUCCGCGGGGACCCCUUCGGGCAGGAGUCGUGUGGCGAGGGCCGGCGGCAGCGGCACAAAGUUGGGGGCCCGCGAGGAUGAGGCUGUCCCCGGCGCCCCCGAGGCUGAGCCGGAGUCCAGCGCUGCUGGCCCUGGCGCUGCCCCUGGCAGCGGCGCUGGCCUUCUCCGACGAGACCCUGGACAAAGUGCCCAAGUCAGAGGGCUACUGCAGCCGCAUCCUGCGCGCCCAGGGCACGCGGCGCGAGGGCUACACAGAGUUCAGCCUUCGCGUGGAGGGCGACCCCGACUUCUACAAGCCGGGAACCAGCUACCGCGUGACACUUUCAGCUGCUCCACCCUCCUACUUCAGGGGAUUCACAUUAAUUGCCCUCAAAGAGAACAGAGAGGGUGACAAGGAAGAAGACCAUGCUGGGACCUUCCAGAUCAUAGAUGAAGAAGAAACACAGUUUAUGAGUAACUGCCCCGUUGCGGUCACCGAAAGCACCCCCCGGAGGAGGACGCGGAUCCAAGUGUUCUGGGUAGCGCCACCAGCAGGCACGGGCUGUGUGAUUCUAAAGGCCAGCAUUGUACAGAAACGCAUCAUAUAUUUUCAAGAUGAGGGCUCGCUGACCAAGAAACUUUGUGAACAAGAUUCCACGUUUGAUGGGGUGACUGACAAACCAAUCUUAGACUGCUGCGCCUGUGGAACUGCCAAGUACAGACUCACAUUUUAUGGGAAUUGGUCUGAGAAGACACACCCAAAGGAUUACCCUCGUCGGGCCAAUCACUGGUCUGCGAUCAUUGGCGGAUCCCACUCCAAGAAUUAUGUGCUGUGGGAGUAUGGAGGAUAUGCAAGCGAAGGCGUCAAACAAGUUGCAGAAUUGGGCUCACCAGUCAAAAUGGAGGAAGAAAUUCGGCAACAGAGUGAUGAGGUCCUCACCGUCAUCAAAGCCAAAGCUCAGUGGCCCGCCUGGCAGCCUCUCAAUGUGAGAGCAGCACCCUCAGCUGAAUUUUCCGUGGACAGGACGCGCCACUUAAUGUCUUUCCUGACCAUGAUGGGCCCCAGUCCCGACUGGAACGUGGGCCUGUCCGCAGAGGAUCUGUGCACCAAGGAAUGCGGCUGGGUCCAGAAGGUGGUGCAAGACCUGAUUCCCUGGGACGCCGGCACCGACAGCGGGGUGACCUAUGAGUCACCCAACAAGCCCACAAUUCCCCAGGAGAAAAUCCGGCCCCUGACCAGUCUGGACCAUCCUCAGAGUCCUUUUUACGAUCCAGAGGGCGGGUCCAUCACUCAAGUAGCCAGAGUUGUCAUCGAGAGAAUUGCCCGGAAGGGGGAACAAUGCAACAUUGUACCUGACAAUGUUGAUGAUAUUGUAGCAGACCUGGCUCCAGAAGAGAAAGAUGAAGAUGAUACCCCCGAAACAUGCAUCUACUCCAACUGGUCCCCGUGGUCCGCCUGCAGCUCCUCCACCUGCGACAAAGGCAAGAGGAUGCGACAGCGCAUGCUGAAGGCACAGCUGGACCUGAGUGUCCCCUGCCCUGACACCCAGGACUUCCAGCCCUGCAUGGGCCCGGGCUGCAGUGACGAAGACGGCUCCACCUGCACCAUGUCCGAGUGGAUCACCUGGUCGCCCUGCAGCAUCUCCUGCGGCAUGGGCAUGCGGUCCCGCGAGAGGUACGUGAAACAGUUCCCGGAGGACGGCUCCGUGUGCACGCUGCCCACCGAGGAGACGGAGAAGUGCACGGUCAACGAGGAGUGCUCUCCCAGCAGCUGCCUGGUGACCGAGUGGGGCGAGUGGGACGAGUGCAGCGCCACCUGCGGGAUGGGCAUGAAGAGGCGGCACCGCAUGGUCAAGAUGAGCCCAGCGGACGGCUCCACGUGCAAGGCCGAGACGUCGCAGGCGGAGAAGUGCAUGAUGCCCGAGUGCCACACCAUCCCAUGCUUGCUGUCCCCGUGGUCCGAGUGGAGCGACUGCAGCGUGACCUGUGGGAAGGGCAUGCGGACCCGCCAGCGGAUGCUCAAGUCUCUGGCCGAACUCGGGGACUGUAACGAGGAGCUGGAGCAGGUGGAGAAGUGCAUGCUGCCGGAAUGCCCCAUUGACUGUGAGCUCACCGAGUGGUCCCAGUGGUCGGAAUGUAACAAGUCAUGUGGGAAAGGCCACAUAAUUCGAACCCGGAUGAUCCAAAUGGAGCCUCAGUUUGGAGGCGCACCCUGCCCAGAGACUGUGCAGCGAAAAAAGUGCCGCAUCCGGAAGUGCCUCCGAAAUCCAUCCCUCCAGAAGCUGCGCUGGAGGGAGGCCCGAGAGAGCCGGCGGAGUGAGCAGCUGAGGGAAGAGUCCGAUGGGGAGCAGUUCCCAGGCUGUAGGAUGCGCCCAUGGACGGCCUGGUCGGAAUGCACCAAACUGUGUGGAGGCGGGAUUCAGGAACGCUACAUGACUGUAAAGAAGAGGUUCAAAAGCUCCCAGUUUACCAGCUGCAAAGACAAGAAAGAGAUCAGAGCAUGCAACGUUCACCCAUGUUAGCAAGGGUACAAGUUCUCCGGGGCUGCACUCUAGGUCCCACAGAGUCACCAAUGGCUGGAUUGUUUGCUUGUUUGUUUAAGGCAUAUUAAAUCGUGUACACUAGUUUUCAUUUCUGCAGUGUGGUUCACCCUGUAUCCUUGUGGACGCCAUGGACAUCCUUUCUGUACACUUCUUGGUGAGCACAGGCUGAGUGGGGCUCCCUCAUCCUCAGCCGGCCCUCGUCCAGCACAGAAGUGAGUAGUGUCAGCCACCCUGUACUAAAUGGAAACCUGUCCCUCUGGAGCAUCCACCUGGGCAGCAGGACAGAGACCCUGGCCUCCUCCACAUGGAGAGGCCACUGUGUCUGGAAAUGACUCUGUGUCUCGGUCCCAGGGUACAGCAAGGAGGAAACACUCCCCGAUCAGAUGGAGAGCAGAUUCCCCUCAUUCUUGUCUUUGGCCUGCUGCUCGCUCCUGCAGGAAACUAUUGUUUGCCCAUCUCUUUUCAUUUAGUGGGACUUUAGGUCCCUUGUCGAGUCUCGUGUCAUCUUUUGGGGAAAACAGAGCUGGCAGAUGUCAAAAGGAGCAUUGAUGUUGGGUGGCUUUUCUUCCUUCACUAAGAAAUUCUGAAUACAUUUAUCUCACCCCCUAAUAUUGGUUCCUGAUGCCCCAAGGUAAAGAGAUGAUGGCUGCUUUAUUUGAAUGUAAGGUAACCAAUUCUUACACCUAAGGCAAAAGGUACUAAGUUCCAGAAAAUACUUUUCCCUUGUUUUUUUUUUUUGACCACAAUUCUCCUAGGAAGCCAGCCUUAUGAACCUUCUGAUACUAGAGCCUUACUAGAACCAAGGCCAAGGCAGCAAAACUGGCCUAUCGAGCAGUCCCAAAUCUGAGUUUUAAAAAUCUUCCGACACACAUCUAGACUUUUAAAUUUUCAAACCAGUUUCUAACAAGAAAACGUUAUUUUCAGUUAUUCAAACAUUUUGCUAAGUCUGUCCGCAGCCCACCAAACCAUUCCUUCAACAAAAAUACUAUCUCUGUACUUUGAAAGAUUUUUUUAGUCAUAAAAUUUUAUAUGUAGAGAGAAAUAGUGUUUCAGAGACCAAGACAGACGAAAAUCUAGAGAGAAAGGAAUAUUACAGAAUCAAGCUGGGCAAGAAAAUCUGGUGGGAAGUCGAAAACACAUCAGCUCUCCACACCAGCUCUGGUCCUCUGACAACCAUAUGAAGGGUCAGGCUUUUCCAUCCCCUUCCGAGCACUCAGCACACCAAAUUCAGGGAGACUGACUACCAAGGAUUCGUGUAAAAGGACAUUUUACUGAGUUCAGUACGUCAGCGGUUUUUACUCAUUCGUUUACUGUUAAAAUGACUGUCUUGUUUCUGUCGCAGGCCUUCUUUAUUAUGCUUAAUCCAAAUAUGUGUCAUGGAUGAGACGCAUACAAUGCUUUGAAUACACUACUUUAAGAAUUUGCAUUAAACACAUUGGGAUAUUUCCAAACACAACAUAUAUAUGCUAUAGUCUUGAAUCUGUAUUAUUUUCUUUACACAAGAGAGACUGUUCAAUAAAAAACUCAUUGGGUCUGUCUUUUGUGUUUUUAAACUAAUUCAGUUUCGGAGGUUGGGUCUUUUUACAAUUGUUAUCCGCCUCAAUCAUAUUCAGCAAAAGAUAAGCGUUUGCUCCCUCAUUCUGGAGGGGCCAUUAUUAGCACAUCCCUGAGCUUUCUGGAGGUUUCACUUGUUCCUGACGUUAUUUUUUUUAACCCUUAAGUGAACUGCUUUCUCCCCCCACAAAGGAGCAUAAUAGAAAGAAAUAAGAGGCUUAAUUUUCUACCUGGACAAAAAGUCCUGAUACUGAAUCUGCCCACUUUCGCAACACUACUCUUGGCUAUCUGGAGGCGUGCUUACUCUCUACCCAUGCACAAUGAAGGUCCAGAAGACAGUGAUUCCUAAGUCCCUCUACGGACAAGCCACCCUAGUAUCUCAUGUUCGUAUUUGGUCCCUAUUGGGUACAUUGUUAAUCCUAAUUUUGGAGACUUCAAACUAGGUAACUGGUUAAUGGCUGGAAAGGGGUAACAUGUUUCUUGUUACAUAAGUGUUUUUUUUUGUUUAUUUGCAAGGGGGAAUUUAUAAGAAGCGUCAAAUCUCUUACCAAAGUCUUGUGUUAGGUGGUUUAUAGUUUCUCUGGCUAACCAAUCAUUUUGAAAAUAAAGACUUUUUACUACAAAAAUGAAAUUUGUUUGGACUUCCACUUAAGACAGUAAACAGAUCAUAAGACUCCCAGUAAAAACUGCCACAUCAAGAACAACUAUAAUUGUUGUACAUAUUUUUAUCAAUGCCAAACAAACCAUUUGUAAUCUAAUUUACAUCCACAUUUUCAGACGACAGUGAGUUCAGGGAUAGAUUCCCAAACCAGACACUAGGUCACUCACCUGUCACCUUGUCACUGCAUUAUUUGAAGGAAAUCUGUUGUAACAAAUGAGAAUAA